GUCCAGUCAUCGUAUGUUUGGUGUAGUCUGUGAACUGGAUUAAAUGAUCACUAUUAUGUUUAUAUUGUAAUGCUGAAUAUUGCGGAAAGUAGUGAAACAUCAACUCUUUUAGCUUCAAAUAGAACGGUUGAAAGUGUGCCAACGUGCUCAGGCAGUCACUAUGAGGUAAUAUGCCAGGGUUAUUGUUGCUAAACAGGAAAUGCUUCUUUGAGAAGUUGGAUUACCACGGUAUAGUUGUAGACGUUGGAUCAUGAGUUUAACUGGUGCUGGAACUGAAGAGGAAACCAACAGUAACCACCUGAAUGGCGGGUUUUCAGGAGCUCACCAUUUGGCAAAAAGCCCAGUUUUAUUACCAGAGAAUGCUUGAAAAUGGAGAUAAGAGGAUAGAAAACUGGCUGCUGGUCUACUCCCCGGCACCCGUCGCCGUUAUAGUUAUGUGCUACCUGGUCCUUGUUUGGGUCGGGCCAAAGCUGAUGGCAAAGAAGGAGCCCUUCAACCUCCAACUUGUCUUGAUAGUUUACAAUUUCACUAUGGUUUGCCUGUCUGCAUACAUGUUAUAUGAGUUUACGGCAGCUUCCUGGAUGGCUCGUUACAGUCUGCUGUGCCAGCCAGUCGACUACAGCGACAGUCUACUGGCCAUGAGGAUGGCCAGAGUGUGCUGGAUGUUUUACCUCUCCAAAUAUGUAGAGUUCUGUGACACAAUGUUUUUCAUAUUGAGGAAAAAGAACAGCCAGCUGACCUUCCUCCAUGUCUACCAUCACAGCACCAUGAUCUUGAACUGUUGGCUGGGGUUAAAGUACACGCCAGGUGGCCAGUCUUUCAUGAGUGGCCUGGUCAACUCCCUGGUUCAUGUGGCGAUGUAUCUCUAUUAUGGUCUUUCAGCGUUUGGACCACGUAUGACCAAAUAUCUCUGGUGGAAAAACUACCUCACCAUCUUACAGCUGCUUCAGUUUUUCCUGGUAACCAUGCACACUGUUUACAACUUGUUCGCUGACUGUGACUACCCUGACUCCUUGAACUUGUUUGUGUCUAUCUACGCUCUCACCCUCAUCGCACUCUUCAGUCAUUUUUACUACCACAGCUACCUCAAGUCGAAGACCAACCUAAGGAAAUGUAAGGAGUGAGAAAGAAAAAUGACUUUUAUCUGUGCACGGAGGAGAGAAUGGGUGAGAGUGAG